GGAGUUUCCGGUCGGGGAGAGCUUGCUUCCUCGGGUUGAAAGUGCGUCCUCUUUUUAUUUAGCACGUGGCGUUCGCUUUCAGCUUAGGGGCUUUUGAGUAGUUUGCUAGCCGGGCCUCUGCCGAAAGGCGGUUUGGUGGGCCGCGGGUAGGGCUGUCUCUGUGCGGUUCCUGUCCCAGCGCUGGGCGGAGGGCCUCCCGGGGUGUCGAGGCUCUGCGCGCUUCCGUCAUGGACUACCGGCGACUGCUGAUGAGUCGGGUGGUCCCGGGGCAGUUUGACGACGCGGAUUCCUCCGACAGUGAAAGCAUUGACUUGAAGACCAUCAGAGAACAAGAUGGUGUUCUGUUUGAGGACCUGCAGAAGAGAGUGUCUGAGAAGACGGAGGGAGGUGAGAUGGAGGAGGAGGAGGAAGAGGAGUACGAUGGUGAUGAUGAUGACUGGGACUGGGAUGAUGGAGUUGGGAAACUCACCAAGGGUUCUAUCUCGAAUGCAAGGAGUAACGCCCAGGCAAAUCGACAGACUUUCAAUUGCAAUUCAGCCAAAAUGUCUACUCCAGCAGACAAGGUCUUACGGAAAUUUGAGAAUAAAAUUAAUCUAGAAAAGCUCAAUGUUACUGAUUCUGUCAUAAAUAAAGUCACCGAAAAGUCUAGACAAAAGGAAGCAGAUAUGUAUCGCAUCAAAGAUAAGGCGGACAGAGCAACUGUGGAACAGGUGUUGGAUCCUAGAACGCGAAUGAUAUUAUUCAAGAUGUUGACUAGAGGAAUCAUAUCUGAGAUAAAUGGCUGCAUAAGCACAGGAAAAGAAGCUAAUGUGUACCAUGCUAGCACAGCAAAUGGAGAGAGCAGAGCCAUCAAAAUUUACAAAACUUCUAUUUUAGUGUUCAAAGAUCGGGAUAAGUAUGUAAGUGGGGAAUUCAGAUUUCGUCAUGGCUAUUGUAAAGGAAACCCCAGAAAAAUGGUGAAAACUUGGGCAGAAAAAGAAAUGAGGAACUUAAUCAGGCUAAACACAGCACAGAUCCCGUGCCCAGAACCUAUCCUGCUGAGAAGUCAUGUUCUUGUCAUGGGCUUCAUUGGUAAAGAUGACAUGCCAGCGCCACUGUUGAAAAACGUCCAGUUAUCAGAAUCCAAGGCUCGGGAGUUGUAUUUGCAGGUCAUCCAAUACAUGAGAAGAAUGUAUCAAGAUGCCAGACUUGUCCAUGCAGAUCUCAGUGAAUUUAACAUGCUGUACUACGGUGGAGGUGUGUACAUCAUUGACGUUUCUCAGUCUGUAGAGCAUGACCACCCACAUGCCUUGGAGUUCUUGAGAAAGGACUGUGCCAACGUCAACGAUUUCUUUUUGAAGCACAGCGUUGCUGUGAUGACUGUGCGGGAACUCUUUGAAUUUGUCACAGAUCCGUCCAUUACACAGGAGAACAUGGACGCUUACCUCUCAAAGGCCAUGGAAAUAGCAUCUCAGAGGACCAAGGAAGAAAGGUCCAGCCAAGAUCAUGUGGACGAAGAGGUGUUUAAGAGAGCAUAUAUUCCUAGAACCUUGAAUGAAGUAAAAAACUAUGAAAGGGAUAUGGAUAUAAUGAUGAAAUUGAAGGAAGAAGAUAUGGCCAUGAAUGCCCAACAAGACAAUAUUCUGUACCAGACCGUUACAGGAUUGAAGAAAGAUCUGUCCGGAGUUCAGAAGGUCCCUGCACUUCUAGAAAAUCAGGCUAAGGAAAAGGCUUGUUCUGAUUCAGAAGAUGCUGGAAGCUCUGAGUGUUCUGACAUAGACUCAGAAGAGCAGGGAGAACAGGCCUGCUCCAGGAAACCCACUGCUGACGUUGAAGUUGAUAAAAAGGAAAGAAAAAAGAUGGUCAAGGAAGCCCAGAGAGAGAAAAGAAAAAACAAAAUUCCGAAGCAUGUGAAAAAAAGGAAGGAGAAGACGGCCAAGAUGAAAAAGGGCAAAUAGAACCAGAACUCGAGACAUAGAGUAAUCUUCCAUUAGUCGCUUUUCCUGCCUGCGUGGUGAGCUACACCUAGAAGGCAUUCUCACGGCGCUGUCGUGAGCAUGGGCUCUCGUGUUCUUGUGUAAUUAUGUAACAAGCUCUAAGUUCUCCUGUCUAGAUGACUGCCUCUGGGUGGUAUUGACAGGAUUUAUUUAAACUACUAUUUUAAUGAAGAACUUUAUACUUU